AUGGCGAGAAGUGACCUCUCGGCCGUGUCUCUGUUGCCGUCCGGAAGAAAGGCUGUGGUCGCAUGGAGUAGCCUCUGGGUCAUUGUUCUCAACGCCGGCAUUGCAGAGUGGGCUAAACUGCGAAUGGACACGAAGAAUCAGUGCGACGGCUCCUACCAGUCACCAAUCGAUAUCAGUACAAGUGCAACUAUUUUCGACAGUUCGCUGGGCCCGAUAAACUAUAUGCACUACAGUGAAGCUUUGCGGGAUGUCAUCGUUGAAAACGACGGGCACACAGGAAGCAAAGCAGCUCUAACUUUAGAUGGUCUGCCCGGCGUCUACAAAUUCAAACAGUUGCACUUCCACUGGGGAGACAAAUCCAGUGCAGGCAGCGAGCAUCGUGUCGAUGGUAAAUCAUUCGCCUUGGAGAUGCACCUGGUACACAUCAACACUGCAUACGCCAGCACAGAAGAGGCAUACAAUCACCGUGAUGGCCUCCUAGUUGUUGCUGUUCUCUUCAAGGUCGAAGCACGCGAGAACCGGGCACUAGGCAAUGUCGUCAAAACCCUUCGUCAGAUGAAUGAACGAGUCGAAAGGAGAGGGAGGCUGUCUCAGCUCGCAUCACUCGCAGACCUGCUCCCGCAGAAGCCGUCGUUUUCCUAUUUCUACCGAGGCUCUCUCACAACGCCACCCUGUGCCGAGGCGGUCAUCUGGGCUGUACUCAAGAACUACGAGAAAAUAAGCGAAUCACAGCUGGAAGUAUUCCGUCAUCUACAAGCUGAACGCACUCCCAACGGAACUCUGCGCCUCGUGAACAACUUUCGGCCAAGCAUGCCACUAAACGGACGCCACGUCUACAGAAAUUUUCCGUAA